UCAGAGCUCCAGUCGGCCAGGCGCUGCUCCUCCUGGCUCCUGUGGCCGCGGGACCUGUCUGUCCGGCCCGGCAUGUCUCUCAUCUCUCUGCGGGGACUUGUACCCAAACCCCGGAGACAGCGGGGUCCGCAGCGAUCUGACUGAGGGACACGGUCGAGGAGUCGAAGACACGAAGCGCAGGACCAUGACUGUCUGGGUUCGGUCUCCUCUGAUGCGGCUGCUUCUUCUUCUUCUGUCCUCGAUGCGUGAAGUUCGAGCUCAAGUGGAAAACCGUGUGAUUUUCCUACCGGGAACGUUCCAGAACGUGAGCGUCUCCCAGAAUGAGACGGUGCAGGCCGUGGUUUCCCGGAUCCCCCCCGAGGUCGCGUUCAUCACUCUGCAGUUUCACACGCAGCACCGGAACGUCACCCUCUCCUACACCAGGUUGCCGGGCCUGGGUCUCUCUGUGACUGCUGUGGACUCUGGGCUCCUGUCGACUCUCCAGCCAGGCGUGGCGUCCCUCUCCCUGUUCCUGUCCACUCUCGACAGUGACACUGUGGCGGGCACUGGGGUCAUCCUCCCCUUCUUCGGUGCCGACCCAGUCCCUGGAGCUUGUAACAUCGAGUUCAACCUGGACAUCGACCCGAACGUCUACGUUCACUACAACCUCUACGAGACCACCAUCCGCUUUGCACCAGCAAACCUAGGAUAUGAGAGAGGUGACACUCCUCCACCCUGCGACGAAUCGACAGAGCCCGCCACGCGCUGGCGGCUGCAGUACGACAUCUACCAGUACUUCCUGCCUGAGAAUGACCUGUUAGAGAGCAGCCUGUUCAGUGGCAUUCAGGCAAUGGCUGACACUCAGGGCAUGAUGGAGAACGGCAAGCGGGUCCUGACGCUGUUAUCGACAGAUGUGAGCAUGGCAGUGUUCAACUCCAUCCCCGGCCAGGGCGUCAUCUACUCGGUGGUCGUCAGAGACCCUCAGCUCAACACCUCGGCCUCCUACGUGCCCGUCCACACCUACGCCUGCAGCUUCGCCUCCACCCUGGACGGCUGUGAAACUCUGGGAAAAAUAUCCACUAAAGUGUUUUUCACCAUCACGGGCCUGGCGGGCCUGUUUGUCUGCUUCUUUGGGCAUCGCUUCUUCAAAUGUGAGUUGUUUUGUAUGGGGUUCAGCUUCUCCGCCUUUUUCUUCUUCGUGUUGAUCACCAGGACGACAGACUUGACCUAUGACCUCCGCCUGGCCCUGUCAGCGGUGAUCGGCGUGGUGGGCGGGGUCCUCCUGGUGAUGAGCUGGUGGCGUUUUGGCUCUGUCAUGAUCUGCGUGGUCGUGGUCGGCCUGAUGCUCGGCUUCCUCAUCGCCUCCACUGUCCUCUUCACUCCUCUGGGUGACAUUGAUGUGUUCAGGAACUCGGAUGUGGUCUUCUGGGUGACAUUCUGCUGCUUCCUGGUCAUCGUUCCACUCUUCUUUGUGCGAUGGCCCAGAGAGGGUAACAUAGUCACCUGUGGCGUCGUCGGGGCUUACGCUGUGAUUCUGGCCGUCAACGCCUACAUGUACACCAGCCUCUCCUACAUCACGCUGAACAUCCUCAAGCGCCUGCAAAACAACAACUUCAGCGCCAUGUUCACCGACGUGCCGUUCCAAACCAUCGACUACAUCAUGAUCACCGUGUGGGUGGUGCUCGGCGUCAGCGGCAUCGUCCUGCAGCUCUACCGUGAGCGCGAGCGGCCGUUCUUCCCGCCCAGCCCGUACCUCAUGUGGCUGCAGGAGCGGGAGCGCCGCAGGACCAACGUCCUGGACCCGAGCCACCACUUCGCCCCGCUGCCCAACCGCCUGCUGGCCCGAGCGCGGCAGCUCACCAAGCGCAUGGAGCCGGCGGGAGAGCACACGCCUCUGCUCCUGUGAACCCUCCACGCCAUGGUCGUCUCUGGGUGAAGCCAGGUUCCAAGUACAAUAACAUCGCUGUGAUGUGUUGUUGACCAGCGGAGGCUCAGACCGCCACACGGACGCCAGUGAGGUGCUGGUGUUGUUCCCCUGCCACUGAGGGAUCAUAUCACUGACGUUCUUCAGGCCGAUUCUCAUUUUUAAAACGAAGUCUGUGACAGCCACUGCCAGUUUUAUGAAACACUUCAAAGACAUUUUAUUGCCCGAACGAGAAGAAUAUAAAAAGUUGUUUUGUUUAAAAACACAAAUGUCGCUUCUAAUCAUUCUACUGUUUGCACUGAAAGUCACUAAUGAUUUUAGUCGUGAGGCAUUGUAUCUCCAGAGAGUUGCAUUAAUACCACCUACGUUGUUUUUUGUUUUGAACAUGUCAUGUUUGCGUAGUUUGGCUUUAAACUACAUUACACACUUUGAUAUUAAGAAACACACAGUGGACCCCAUGUUAAAGUUCAUGUUCAAGUUCAUGUGUUGGACUAAACUGUGGACGUGCCAUGUGAUCUGUCAGCAGGACACGAGGUCAUGUAGGGGACAAGUUAUUAAAUACAGUUUAUAUUUGAUCAUUUACACAAAAGAAAGACCACUUUGUCAGAACUGAUGCUCCUCCUGUGUUUGUGAUUGGACUCUUGAGUCCUCCGGUACUCGGCACAUGCGAUUGUAAUGUUGAAUUGUACCUUGGUGGUAACAGCACUGACUGACUGUUGAUCUGUGAAUGUGCCGUGACUUCUCUCAGGGUUUCACACUCGGCUUUUAGACCACGAUGCACUGAGGCGGCGACUGGAACCUUCGACCCGAUUGCUCAGCACGUUCGGGUCUGUCAGUAUUUUACUCAGCGACUGAGCUGAGCUGUCCGGUCUCGUGACUUUUUAGAAAAAGAAAAAACAAACACACAGAAUGUGUUGAACAGUGAGGUCAACUGUAAUUUGUAAUUUAACAUGUUUUGAUAUUUAAUAAAUGCCUACAGGUAUAAA